AAUAUAGCGCUAUUUUUGGUAAAAUUCCGGGCGCUUUAUUGUGUGCAGGACGCAGGUGCAUUUGCGUUAGGGAUGAUCGGUAUUAGAAAAAAAUUCACAUCAAUAUCAUAAUCGAAAGCCUAAAAUCGAUGGUCGAAUUUUUCUCAUUUUUGCAUUAAUAAUUGCUAAGGAGAGAAGCACGGGAUUAGGGAUAUCGAACGUAGACGUACGCGUUUUUCGAUUUAAUUAAAUUUUAUUUUGUUUUAAGGAUUUGGAUCAGUACUUUAGUGUAGUUUAUGUAUACAUAUAUAUUUGUGAUUUCUUAGUUUUAUUUAAUAGUGUAGUUAAGAAAAAUUUAUUGAUUACUUAAUCUAAGAAAUACGUGUGGGGAUGAUUUAAAUAAAAAAAAUACACGCAAAUCGCAAUCAAAAAGUGUGUCCAUGUUGUGUAUUGCGUUUAGCUCAAUUGUUAAUAUCGAAAAUGUCUAAUUCUCGUGGAAGUUGGUAUAGUCCUGGUGGCAGACGUUUUCAAGGCAAUAGAGGGCGGCUUACAAGUAGUCUACCACCACCACCUGAUUUGAAAGGCAGAGCAAUCGUUCGCUAUUAUAAAAACCUAAAUAAAGAAUAUCAAAAAAAGAACGUAGUGAUUAAUCUCACAAUUCCGUCUGCCAUCAUAUCUGCUAUAAAUAAAAACUUAAUGUUCAUAGAAACUAUCGCUAAAAUGGAAAAUAUAGAAUUGCCUUUCACAAAUAUUUUUGAAUCUCUUAUGAAACCAAAAACUGAAUCAAUUAAGAGGAAAGAAAGUCCUCAUCCUGAAGAAUAUGAUGUUGCUGAUAAGAGAUACAAAGAAGGUACUAAUAUUUCCCUUAAAAACGUUUUGGUACCCACUGAUACAUAUGUGAAUGAGAAUGAAAAGAUCUUACUUAAUUUAAAAGCUGAGAUAAAUAAUAUAGUUAGGGAUGAACCCAGUACAUUAAGUACACUAUAUGAUAUACUUAUUAAAACUGAACCGAGUUCAUUAAGUACGCUAAAUGAUAUACCUAUUAAAACUGAACCGAGUUCAGUAAGUAUGGCAGAUUACAUACCUAUUAAAAGUGAAUCCUGUUCAUUCAGUACACCAAAUAAUAAACCAAGUGAACCCAGUUCAUUAAGUACACUAAAUGAUAUACUUAUUAAAACUGAACCGAGUUCAGUAAGUAUGCCAGAUUACAUACCUAUUAACAGUGAAUCCUGUUCAUUAAGUACACCGAAUAAUAAACCUUUUAAAAGUGAAUCCAGUUCAUUAAGUACAUUAAAUGAUAUACCUAUUAAAACUGAACCGAGUUCAGUAAGUAUGGCAGAUUACAUGCCUAUUAAAAGUGAAUCCUGUUCAUUAAGUGCACCAAAUAAUAAACCAAGUGAACCCAGUUCAUUAAGUACACUAAAUGAUAUACUUAUUAAAACUGAACCGAGUUCAGUAAGUAUGCCAGAUUACAUACCUAUUAACAGUGAAUCCUGUUCAUUAAGUACACCGAAUAAUAAACCUUUUAAAAGUGAAUCCAGUUCAUUAAGUACAUUAAAUGAUAUACCUAUUAAAACUGAACCGAGUUCAGUAAGUAUGGCAGAUUACAUGCCUAUUAAAAGUGAAUCCUGUUCAUUAAGUGCACCAAAUAAUAAACCAAGUGAACCCAGUUCAUUAAGUACACUAAAUGAUAUACUUAUUAAAACUGAACCGAGUUCAGUAAGUAUGCCAGAUUACAUACCUAUUAACAGUGAAUCCUGUUCAUUAAGUACACCGAAUAAUAAACCUUUUAAAAGUGAACCCAGUUCAUUAAGUACACUAAAUGAUAUACUUAUUAAAACUGAACCGAGUUCAGUAAGUAUGUCAGAUAACAUACCUAUUAAAGACGAACCCAGUUCAUUAAGUAUUCCUGAUUGCAUACCUUUUAAAAAUGAAAAUAUAAUGAAUGAUUGUUUAAACUCUGAAAGGAUCCUAGGUAUAAGAGUAAGACAUUAUAAAUAUGGAUAUCAAGAUAUAAUUACUGGAACAUUUGAUGAGAAAUUAGAAGAAGCUUUAGCUCAAGGUAUUCAAAUAACUUCUGACAAUGAUGUUGUUAGAAAAUUAAACCAUGAUUACUAUAAAGAGUACAAUGAAAUGGUAGGAAAGUUGUCUUAUAAUAAAAUGUUACAAUUUCGUGAAAACUUACCUGCUUACAAGAAAAAAGAAAAUAUAUUAGAUAAUAUUGAUAAAAGUCAAGUACUAGUGAUAAGUGGUGAAACUGGCUGUGGAAAAUCUACACAGAUUCCUCAACUUAUUUUAGACAGAGCUAUGAAUAAUAUGACGGGGGCAAAUGUAAGAAUACUUGUCACUCAGCCAAGAAGAAUUGCGGCAUCGUCAUUAGCUAUGAGAGUUGCUAAAGAAAGAGCUGAAAUGCUUGGAAUUUCUGUAGGAUAUAGUGUCCGAUUAGAAAAGGUAGAAUCGAGACCUCGUGGUAGUAUUAUUUUCUGUACUACUGGAGUGCUAUUAACUGAACUUGAGGUUAAUCAAGCAUUGUCAAACUAUAGUCAUAUAAUACUGGAUGAGGUGCAUGAACGGGAUACUAAUGUAGAUUUGGCUAUGGCUGUGCUAAAACAGAUACUAAAAAAACGAAAAGAUCUAAAACUCAUACUUAUGAGUGCUACGUUGGAUGCAGAAGCAUUGUCCACGUAUUUUGACAAUUGUCCCGUAGUGUUCAUAGAAGGGCUUGCUUAUCCCGUCACAGAUGUUUAUUUAGAAGAUAUCCUAAAGCUAACUCACUACCAGAUAAAGAAGGAAGUGCUAAAGAAACAUAAAAUGCAAAAGUGGAAAAAAUUUGAAAAGAAGGUUCAAUCGAGGGAGGCGAAUGAAUUGGAACAGUAUAUUAAACAUAACGCUGAAAUUGGACCAUGGCUGGAAUCAAUAAAAAACAAUAUACCACUCGAUGUAUACAAAACACUCAAAGACCCAGAAAUUGAGGCAUUCAAUAUAGACUUAAUAGUUGUACUCCUAAAAUACAUAUGCAAUGGAGAGCCAGGCGCAAUUCUUGUGUUCCUACCUGGGAUUGGGGAAAUAACUAAAGUAAUGCGAUGUAUGGAAUUAAGUGGGUUUUUUAACGAAAGACACGAAAUUUAUCCCUUACAUUCAAAAUUGGCAACUCUAGAACAGCAUAAGAUAUUUAUGCGGCCGCCGUUAGGUGUUCGUAAAAUAAUAUUGGCCACGAACAUCGCUGAAACGUCGAUAACAAUUGAUGAUAUAGUAUAUGUUGUCGAUUGUGGGAGGAUUAAAGUGAGCGGUUUGAAUGUUGAACAGAAUAUUUCUACGUUGAAAACUGAAUGGGUGUCUAAAGCUAAUUUACAUCAGAGACGUGGUCGUGCAGGCCGUUGUCAACCUGGCAUUUGCUAUAGCCUGUUAACGUCAUACCGUGCGCAAAAACUUGCCGAUCGGCUUUUACCAGAGUUACAAAGGAGUAAUUUAUUAGAACCGGUGUUGAUGGUGAAGAAAUUGAGACUCGGUUUAGCCUAUACGGCGUUACAGACGGUACCAUCACCGCCCGCUGAGAAAACAGUGGAGUCUGCUGUGAGACACUUGCAGAAAUGUGGUGCCCUGUACAAAACGGAGACCUUGACACCAUUGGGUUGGCAUUUAGCAAGACUUCCAGUUCACCCCGCAGCAGGAAAAUUAUUAUUGUUCGGAGCUCUUUUCGGGUGUUUGGAUAGAGCAGCGAGUGUUGCAGCAGUAUGGAGCUACAAAGAUCCAUUUCUAUUUGUUAUGGGCAAAGAAUUCGAAAUUAAGGCUGUAAAGCGAAGGUUUGCGAUGGGUGAGCCUAGUGACCACGUGGCGAUGUCUGAAGCGAUUAUGCAAUGGGAAAGUUGUUCAUACAGAGAUCGUCGUUCGUUCGCCUACGAUCAUUUCCUUUCAAACAACACAUUGGAACUGCUGGUUGAUAUGAAGAAACAGCUGGGAGAAAAUCUCACGCAAAUGGGAUUUCUUUCAAGUAGUGACCUACAUGCUCAAUGGGAGAACAGGAAUUGGAAUAAUAUGAGCCUUUUCAAAGCAAUUGUGGCUGCAGCGUUGUACCCCAAUGUAGCACAAGUUCGUUGGCGCAAUUUAAAAAGCGUCAAAAAACAUACAUCCAUUAAGGCAGUUUGCCCUGUAGAUGGCAAAGUCAGGAUCCACAAAAGUAGCGUUAUGACUUGUUUACAUGGUACGCAAAGGCGCGAAGGAAUUUGCAAUAACCCCGGGGCUAACUGGUUGGUUUAUUGGCUAAAGCAAAGAAUGUCUGACCUUUUCCUUAUUGAUGUCAACCUGGUAUAUACACUGCCGCUUUUAUUCUUUGGAGAAUUUAGUGUUAAAGAAGAUCUUGAAAAUCCAGAGGAUUGCUUAAUGUCUAUAACUAAAACUAUAAACGUACGAUGCAACAAAAAUUCGGCAAACACAAUACUGAAGUUGAGAAUUCUACUCGACAAAGUACUGGCGAACAAAGUUACGAAAACAUGCCCACAUUCUGUGAAACAGAGCCAAUUCGAAGACGUGGUUUUAAAAACCGUGAUUGAACUUAUUACAGCGGAAGAUGAACAAGCUGAUUACAUCGAAGAUGAUGUAUCAGGAGCAUCAGACGAUAACGGGCGUUAAUUUAUUUAUAUUAAAACUUUUUAAGAUUAAAUCUAUUCUAAAAAUGUGUAAUCCUUAAAAUUAAGUAAAACGUCGUUAAUGAUGUAUCUUUAAUCAAUCAUGAUGUAUCUUUAAUCAAUGAUGAUGUAUCUUUAAUCUAUAAAAUGAUGAUGUAUCUUUAAUCUCUAAAACGAUGAUGUAUCUUUAAUCAAUGAUAAUGUAUCUCUAAAAUGAUGUCUCUAAAUCUAGUCUAAUAAUGUGUAAUCCUUAAAAUUAAGUAAAACGUCGUUAAUGAUGUAUCUUUAAUCUAUAAAAUGAUGAUGUAUCUUUAAUCUCUAAAAUUAUGAUGUAUCUUUAAUCUCUAAAAUUAUGAUGUAUUUUUAAUAUUAAAAUCUAUAAGUUAUACCGUUAGUAUCGAUCAUUACACUACAAACGAUCGUCUAGUCAUAAUAAUUAAGAUUGAUAUUGUCAACUGCUAUCAUAAAUCAAUUAAAUAAAAAUACAUAUAAUCGA